GUAUCAUAUAAAUACUAUAGAUUAUUAAAAUGAUUAAGUGGAUUAAUUGUUUUAGUCUGAAUGGCCUGAUUCGUUAAAAACAUAUAUUGUACGGUGCAAGAAAAUUAAUAGAUUGCCGACUGUAGCCGUUUUGCCUUCUACCGUAGAUUUACCGCGAAAUUUUAAGACGGGUUUCAGCAAAAAAAAACAACAUGAAAUAAUGCAUUUGGCUCAUUUAGUGGAUAUUCAAUGCAAACAGCACGAUAUACGAACAAUCAUUGAUUUGGGUGCGGGUUUGGGAUAUGUAUGUCAAAUGUUACAUUAUUUAUAUAGCUAUCAAGUUCUAGGAUUGGAGAAAAACAAAGAAAAUAUUAGCAAAGCCUUUAUUAGACAGAAAAAAUUGUAUCCUGAUUCGUUGCACAAAGUUAAAUAUAUUCUUUACGAUGUAACCUGUGAUUCUACUGAUGUAAUAGAAUCCAUUUUGCAACAAGAGUUCCCUGACGUUACAAAUGUGUGUCUAAUAGGCUUGCACGCCUGUGGAGAUCUCAGUACAAGCGCAUCGAAAAUCUUUUGCAGAAUGAACUCUGCUAAACUCCUCGUUUUAAUCUCAUGUUGUUAUCAUAAACUUUCGAUUUCUAAAAGUGUACAGAUUCCUAUGCAGGAAAAACAAUAUUUUCACAAUUUCCCUACAUCUAACUGUCUACGGGAAACGAUUGCAGAAUAUAAUUUUGAUGUAGGACAGUUUUUAAGAGUACCCUUUUUACGAUUGGCAUGUCAAGAAUCGGCGGACAAGUGGCAUAGCAUGUCCAAAGAGAAGCACGACGAACAUGCUUUUCAUGUUCUUGCUAGAGCCGUGCUCGAAUUGUAUUCACGACAGCAUAAUUACAGUCUUAAUAAAAAAGUUCGAAAAGGUACGAGAAAAUCGCAAUGCUUGAAUUUUCAAACUUACAUCAAAGAUUCAUUACUAAGGUAUGAUUUAAUACCCUAUAAUUUAGCAUUAGAGGAUUACGCAACCCUAACAGACAGAAUGAUCAUGCAAGAUGAAUUGGAGAAAGAUAUAACACAAAUGUGGGAAAAACAGAGUAAAAGAUUGAAAGAUGUAGAAAUUUAUACUGGAUUGCAAAUGAUGCUACAACUUCCAGCAGAAUCAUUGAUUCUACAGGAUCGAUUAUGUUGGUUGCACGAACACGGCUUGGAGGCUAUCAUAGUGCCUGUGAUGAACAAGUGUGUUUCUCCCCGCUCGUAUGCAAUCGUAUCUCACAAACACUAAAAAA